CAAUACUAAAAUCAAGCGAACUCUUUUCCGUGGGAUAAUAAUUUUAAUAGAAUCAUUUUAUGUAAAUAAUAACGAUUAAAAUAAUAUUGUAACAUUGCCACGGAAACUCCAGCCAUGGAUUGUGUCGAGGACACUGAAACUGCGCCAAAGGAAGAUCCUACACCGCCUGAUGCAGAGGAGCAAUAUGCCGGGUCGCUUGAGGCGCCGGCAGAAAAAAAAAGUAUCGAGUCCUCUGUGCCAAUGGAAAAGGAAGAAGUCGAAAUGGAGGAUCUAACCCUCAAAGACAUCGAUCCCAGUGAAAGUGAAUUGCCCAGUGAGAACCCAAAGACACUCCAACGCGAGGAGACAAACAACGAGCCAAGUGAAGAGCUAAGAGAGCCUACUAAAAAGCCAAGGAAAGUGCCCACUAAAGAUCCCAAGGAAGUUUGUGAUAAGCCAGAAGAUCCGCAGCGUGAGGGAAAGGAAAAAACAGGCGACGAAGUAGUUAUCAGCAGUGAUUUGGCCAGUAGUCCAGUACCCGCUCGACUGGAUAAAGCAGCGCCAAAAUCCGAUCCAGCUGAGGAUUCCGACAGUAGCGUGGAGCUUAUCGAUAGUCCAGCUAAGUCCCCCUCGCCCAACGAAGUUGCAAAGGAUCAGGCCAAACCAGACGGUGUCGAUGGUGCAGCAGUUGUGGACGCUCCCCAAGAUCCCAAAGCCCCCGCUGACCCCGAGAGCAAGAAGGUCGAGGAAGAAGCGGACAGUAGCAUCGAACUUAUCAGCAGUCCCACUCCCGAGGCCUCGCCUGGCAAAGAAGGCGAAGGAACAAAGGCACCGGGUGAUCAGGAGCAACAAACUGCUUCAGAGUCCCGCGAAAGUAAAGCGGAAGACGAGAUCAUGGAAGUCGAUCAAGAAGAGACAUUUAAAAUUCAAGCAGACAAAUCGGAGAUGAAAACGAUCUCAAAGGAGCCCGUUAAAGAAAGUAAUGACUUCCCAGAAGGAGACAAAUUUGAACUAUCGGCAAACAAAAUAGAAGAGCCCAUGGAAACUGAAGGAGCCCCUAUCGACGCAGAUGGAAACGAGGUUGCCCUAAAAGUACAGCUGGAAAAGGCAACGGAGCAAAUGGCACCCGAGAACGAUGACCCAUUGCCUGCGGAUGGAGACAUUUUUUAUGGAAAAGACUGCAUUAACUACAACUGCGAAAAGCUGCACAAACAGUAUGUGCUGGCCAGCAUGGCCCUUUUAAACUUUUAUAAUGUGACCCAAAAAGGCUAUAGACAGCAGUUCGUAUGUAUGGAGUGCUACGACACGGCAAUGGACGUGUACGAGGAAUUCGCGGGUCACUUAGUGGCCAAGCAGCCGCUGUUGUUAAAGGAUUUCCGACAGGACCAUGCAGAUUUCGUGGCCCUAGACAGCAGUGAUGAGGAAGAGGAGGAAAAACGGCCAGAGCAAACGGAAUUUUCGAAAAACGACCUGAACCUAAUCGAAAAUGAACUGGAAGAUGCCAUCAAGAGCGUGCUGAGUAAAGUCGAGUUACAAAAUCAACUCGCCUGGUCAAAGACCAUACUGAAGGCCAAGGCGGAUCGCUUAGAGAGCCAGUUUGAGAUCGUAGAUGCGGAACUCGAAAGUGUUCAGAGCGUGGCGGACCAGAUGCAUGCCGCCUUGUACAGCUCGUGCGCAGUGGUGCAUAAGAAUAUGCCACCCCUGGACAUCCAGCACAGCAUGAGUGACUACAUGCAGCAGAAUGUGCCGCCGGCUGGCGAGAUCGUUCGUCCACCAAUUGAAUUGAACGAGACGUAUUAUGCAGUGAAGAACAAGGCCAUUGCCAGCUGGGUGUCCAUCAAAGUGAUCGAGUUCACCGAAAGCACCGCCAUAAAUGGCAACACCAUGAAGAGCUACAAGAUCAAGUAUCUAAAUACGCCUUAUCAGAUGAUCAAGACGGUGACGGCCAAACACAUUGCUUACUUUGAGCCACCGCCAGUACGCUUGACCAUUGGCACACGAGUGAUUGCUUACUUCGACGGCACCACAUUAUCACGGGGCAAGGAUACAGGCACCGUGCAGAAUGCUUUCUAUCCUGGCAUCAUCGCAGAACCACUGAAGCAGGCCAAUCGGUUCCGCUACCUAAUUUUUUACGACGACGGCUACACACAGUAUGUGCCCCAUCGGGAUGUCCGGUUGGUUUGUCAGGCCUCUGAGAAGGUGUGGGAGGAUGUGCAUCCCGCUUCACGCGAUUUCAUCCAAAAGUACGUAGAGAAGUACUCGGUGGACCGGCCUAUGGUACAGUGCACCCGGGGCCAGAGCAUGAACACCGAGUCCAAUGGUACUUGGCUAUAUGCCCGCGUCAUCGACAUCGACUGCAGCCUGGUCCUGAUGCAGUUCGAGGGCGAUAAGAAUCAUACCGAAUGGAUCUAUAGGGGUUCCCUGCGAUUGGGCCCGGUGUUUAAGGAAACUCAGAAUGCCCUAAACAGUGCCAAUGCCCAGCAGAUGCGUGUGCCCAGACGAACGGAGCCCUUUAUUCGCUACACCAAGGAGAUGGAGUCAAGCAGCCAGCAGGUUAAUCGGCAGAUGCGCGCUAUUGCCCGCAAGAGUAGUGCUUCGUCACAGAAUGUGUCCGCGGCCUCAUCCUCGCCCUCGGCCGCCUCCGCACCUGCAACUUCCUCCGCCGCAAACGCUGCUGCCGCCGGAAGCCGCACCGGAAUUGGCAACACUGUUAAGCAUCUCAACAAUUCGACCAUUUAUGUGGACGAUGAGAACAGGCCCAAGGGUCAUGUCGUCUAUUUCACAGCCAAACGGAAUCUGCCGCCAAAGAUAUUCAAGCAGCACAGCUGUAGUCCCAACUGUCUGUUUAAAAUCGUUCACCGCCUGGACAGCUACAGUCCGUUGGCGAAGCCACUUCUCUCCGGCUGGGAACGUUUAAUAUUUCGCCAGAAGACCAAGAAGAACGUCGUCUACCGAGGUCCCUGCGGCAAGAGCCUGCGCAACCUGGCCGAAGUGCACAUGUAUCUGCGGACCACCGAGAAUGUACUGAAUGUGGACAAUUUUGACUUUACGCCCGAUCUGCGAUGCCUGGCGGAGUAUUCAAUAGAUCCGUCGAUCGUCAAGGAGGCAGACAUUUCCAAGGGGCAGGAGAAGAUGGCCAUCCCGCUGGUAAACUAUUACGAUAACUCGCUGCCGCCACCCUGUACAUAUGCCAAGCAGCGAAUACCAACCGAGGGGGUUAAUUUGAAUCUGGACGAGGAGUUCCUCGUAGGCUGCGACUGCGACGAUGAUUGCUCGGACAAGUCGAAGUGCGCCUGCUGGCAACUAACCGUGGCCGGCGUAAAGUACUGCAACCCGAAGAAGCCCAUUGAGGAGAUCGGCUAUCAGUACAAGCGACUGCACGAGCAUGUGCCGACCGGUAUCUACGAGUGCAACUCACGUUGCAAGUGCCGGAAGAACUGCCUGAACCGCGUGGUGCAGUUCUCGCUCGAGAUGAAACUGCAGGUGUUCAAGACCUCAAAUCGCGGCUGGGGCCUGCGCUGCGUGAACGACAUUCCCAAGGGAGCCUUUAUUUGCAUCUAUGCAGGCCACCUACUUACGGAAACUAUGGCCAACGAGGGUGGUCAGGAUGCUGGCGAUGAGUACUUUGCAGAUCUCGACUACAUUGAGGUGGCAGAGCAGCUCAAGGAGGGCUACGAGUCGGAGGUGGAGCCGCCGUCGGAACCGGAACCGGACGAUGAGACAUACGGUCCGGACCCCGAGGAUAAUGAUGACGAUUUUCGGCCCAACUACCACUAUCAGCGCAAGAACAAACGCACCUCCAGAAGUAACAGCGAGUUGGACUCUCAGGAGCGGGCGGUAAUCAAUUUCAAUCCUAAUGCCGAUCUGGAUGAGACGGUGCGUGAGAACUCGGUGCGGCGACUGUUCGGCAAAGACGAGGCCCCCUAUAUCAUGGAUGCCAAGACUACCGGCAACCUUGGGCGUUACUUUAACCAUUCGUGCAACCCGAAUCUUUUCGUACAAAACGUCUUUGUGGACACCCACGACCUGCGCUUCCCAUGGGUGGCAUUCUUCUCUGCCUCGCACAUCCGCUCCGGCACCGAGCUGACCUGGAACUACAACUACGAGGUGGGCGUGGUGCCGGGCAAAGUGCUUUACUGCCAGUGCGGUGCUAGUAAUUGUCGCAUUCGAUUGCUCUAAUUUAGUUUUAAGCUCAAAGAGAAAGUUCCGCAAAUAAAUUUAAUUCA